UGUAGUCGCCAUCUUUGCUUCAAUCUUUCAGUCGCCUCCAGAUUUGCGGGCGUUUCAUCGCCGAUUUUCAAUGUUUUGCUCAAUAAAGUCACUAUUUUUUCUUUUGAAAGCAACGUAAAAAGUUAAUGUUAGCUUGCGUAACAGUUAAAUGUGAAAAUGAGCUUUUUCGGGUUUGGACAAACUGCGGAUAUCGAAAUUGUGUUCGAUGAUGCUGACAAACGAAAGGUUGCCGAAGUUAAAACUGACGAUGGAAAAAAGGAAAAAUUGUUACUCUAUUACGAUGGUGAAACUGUGUCAGGAAGAGUCAAUGUGACGCUUCGAAAACCUGGAUCAAAAUUAGAACAUCAAGGAAUCAAGGUUGAGCUUAUCGGUCAGAUCGAAUUAUUUUACGAUAGAGGUAAUCAUCAUGAGUUUAUAUCGUUGGUUAAAGAAUUAGCCCGUCCUGGCGACUUAUUGCAGCACACAUCGUAUCCAUUCGAAUUCGCUAACGUAGAGAAACCGUACGAAGUUUAUACAGGAGCUAACGUCAGGCUAAGAUAUUUCUUACGUGCGACUAUAAUUCGUCGCCUCACCGACGUUGUCAAGGAAGUCGAUAUCGCUGUUCACACGCUAUGCAGCUAUCCGGAUGUUCUAAAUUCGAUAAAAAUGGAAGUAGGAAUCGAAGAUUGUCUCCACAUAGAAUUUGAAUACAAUAAAUCGAAAUAUCAUCUCAAAGACGUGAUAGUAGGUAAAAUUUAUUUCCUUCUUGUUCGUAUUAAGAUUAAACACAUGGAAAUAUCUAUAAUUAAAAGGGAAACAACUGGUUCAGGUCCAAAUACAUUCACAGAAAAUGAAACAGUUGCUAAGUAUGAAAUAAUGGAUGGGGCUCCUGUCAGAGGUGAGAGUAUUCCUAUAAGAGUGUUUUUAGCGGGAUACGAUUUAACACCGACGAUGAGAGAUAUAAAUAAUAAAUUCUCAGUGAGGUAUUAUCUCAACUUGGUCCUUAUGGACACAGAAGACAGACGUUACUUCAAGCAGCAAGAAGUUACACUGUGGAGGAAAAGUGAUAAAUCAAGGUUGCCAUUACAUAAUCCACAUCACCCUCAGACUCUAGCACACCCAUCCAUUGCUCCUCAAAGACAGCUUAGUGCAUCAAGUGAGGAGAACUCUGCAAGAGCUGUUUCACCAUCAAUGCCAGAUAAUAUGAUGCAGAGGUCUGUGUCUCCAUCAAUGCCAACCAAUGAUAAUCAUAAUGGACCCUCACAGAUGGAACAAGAGGAACCUGAUGUUUUACCAGAUAAAUUAUCUAAGGCACACAUUGAUAUCAGUGAACCUCAAUCACCGGAUGUGACUAAUGCAGAAAAAGCAGUAGAAAGGCCGAAGGUUUCAGAAAAACCACUAGAUAAGCCACCACUGGAUGAUAACCCACAGUCAGUAAAGCAACAAGAUCAGCCACCUGUUGCUGAAAAACCUCAAGUAGCAGAAAAAACACAAAUAAAUAACAAACCAAAAGUUGUUGAAAAACCUGUUGCAGAAAAAAUAGCUGUUAUGGAAAAACCAGUACUUGCAGAAAAACCCCAAUUGGCAGAGAAGCCUAUAAUUGCUGAAAAGCCUGUCUUGUCACGACCUGAAAGUGUAGAAGCAGCUCCGAGUCAAUAGCCUAUAUGUAACGGUUUGGUUGAUAUCUCACUAGCCGACAAAAUGAACUGUAUGUUUUCAUACAUGAAAACAAUUGUUUAAAAUGUCUAUUUUAAAUUAAGAAACUAUUAAUACAGUUGUUGCAGCAAUUUGCUUAAUAUUAUUUUAUAUGCAAAUUGCAAUAAAAUCGUCUUACAUAGACUGUUAUGGGUAAGUGUAUAGUGUUGCUAUAGCUAUAAACCGAACAAAUGUGCCGACAAUGUUUCAUAGAUAUGCUGUUUACAAGUUUUUUACGAAGAGUAUCUAGGCAGAUAAUUUUUUGUUGCUUUUAUAUAAUUUCAAUUAUAACAUAAUACUUUUAGUAUAAAGAAAUUCUUCAUGAUAUUUAUUUAAUGAUUAGAGAAUUCAAGGUUAUUAAUUGCUACACUAAAUGAUACACUCAUACACCGAUUAUGUUCGAAUGCUAAGUGUGGAUGGACUACUAUCAACUAUAGUUAGAUAGUCUGAAUAGUGCCUUGUGUUAUAAGCCAUUUAGCUAUUGCUUCCUCCACCUAAAUGGUUUUUAAAACUUAAAUUUCCUUUUGGUCCUUACUCAUAAAAAUAGUCAGUGCGUGUUUAGUUAAACACUGAUUUCUCUCUGUAAUCAAUGAUUUGACAAUGAAUUUAUAUUUAUAUUAUUUAAUUUAUCAUCCCCUAAACAACAAUUAUGAGUAAAACUAAGUGACUGAAUUGAAAUCUAAAAACUAAAUUUUAAAGCCAAUGUUUUAUUUUUCUGGGAUUAAUGCUGGGUUACUUUAUAUUAUUUUAUGAAUAUAACUAAAUUUAUAUUAAAAAAAAGUUAUAAAACUGUGCAUCAUGAAUUCAAGGUUAUCUAAUAUCACUGUUGAAUUGAAUACAUUUUUUAUAUACAUUGACUGUUUUAAUAAAUCUAGCACAUGCUACUAUGAUUGUAUUUAUGGAACAACAAUAUUUCUAAAACCGGUACAAUACUUUUCUUUAAUAUAAAUGGAGGAGAUAUUUGAAAAUUGAUAUAUUUCCAUACUAAAGCCCCAAUGUGUUGCACUAUUACGUUACAAAAUUGUUGACAUGUUGACCUAUUCUAGGUAUACAAACUUAUAUAAUUUUUUUUUUAAUAAUCUUGAUUUCUCUAUGAUGUAUGAACUUCAAAAUUUUCUAUAAUAUUUAAAAAAGGAAUAUUUUGUGCCAUUUGCUUUUAUAAAAUACAAAAUGAAUAGUAUUUAACUUUGUAUAGAUAAUUAUUAUAUCCACAAGUAUAACAUUAUUAGCACUACUGAUGUGCUAAAAAAUUAAACAUAUCGUUCAACAAAAAAUAAGUUUAAACGAAAUUGAAACAUUCAGUUUCAUUAAAUAUGUUAUGUAUCCGUUUAAUUGCACAUGCUUUUAAGCAAAGUAUUUUAAUUUAUUUCGUUCUAUUUAUAUAAAUAUUAUUGCAUAAUAUGUUCAUUUAUUGUGAAUUUACAAUAUACACAGCUAUUGCUAGAUCAAUUUAUUUCAAUUGAACGUGUUCACUGUUCACUAUCAAUUGACAAUUCACAUAUUGAGUUUAUCAGGAAAUACGAUGAAAUAAACAGUUUUUUUUUUAGUAUGACCAUAAAUUGAAACAAAUAUUGUAAAAACUUUUUUAUCUAUGUUAUUGGAAAUAAAAUAUUCGUAUCUUAUAACUGGUAACUUAAUAACAGUUUUUUUUAAAUAAGAUUUUUAAAUGCAAAAAUGUGAUCAUCAAUUAUAGUAAUGUUUAAAAAUGUAAAUAAAUGCUUUUAAAACCUAGAAAAGUAACAUGAAAGCACUUUUUUCUUUUAUAUAUUGGACCACUUUUAUUUAAAUUUGAAAUUAUAUUGUUUUUAUAUACAUAACAAAAUAAUUUUCAAUAAUAGUGAUAUCAAUUUACAGUAUAAAUGAGUUUAUUUAAUACAUAAAUAAUUAUGUGGCUUCAGAUAAAAUGAAUCUUAAAGACAAUUUGUCUGUAAAAAGUGUACUAAAAUGUGUAACUAAAUAAUUAUAAUAGUUACUUAGGUUUAAAAAUUGUUAACUGUGGAUUUUAUGUAUAGUUGGGUAAUAAAUAUAAGCAAUUAUAAAUAUAAAGUGAAGUGGAAAAGUCAAACUAAAAAAUAGAAUUAUUAAAUAAAUGAAACCACAGUCGGCUCUAUGUUAUUAAUAUGAUUAUUCAUUAUUUUAAUUUAAAUUAGAAGAAAGAAAUCCGUGUUAUUAAAUUUUGUUAUAUCUUCGAAUUGAUUUUUAGCAUCAUAUUGUAUAAACUUUUUUUUUUCUAAGAUAUUAAGCGCAUGUCGAUUAUAUCAUAUUGUUAAUAAAAUAUAUGUAUAAACAGCUGA